AUGUCUACCGUCACGCAAGAAGUUGGAGGAAAGACGCAACGCAAGCUCCUCAAUCAUGAUAACAUCAAUCCUCACAUCCGACGUGUGCAAUAUGCUGUCCGCGGAGAAUUAGCCAUUCGUGCAGAAAACUUGAAAGCGGCUAUUGCCAAGCGUGGACGUAAUGGCUUUUCGUUUGAUAGUGUGGUUAAUUGUAAUAUCGGUAAUCCACAACAGCUUAAACAAAAGCCGAUCACCUUCUUUCGCCAGGUCGCUUCGUUGAUAGAUUAUCCGGACCUACUUAUUCCCGAGAAUCAAUCCAAGGUUGAGGCCUUAUAUCCUAUAGAUGCGAUCGAGCGUGCACGCAAACUGUUAAAACAGAUAGGGGCUGUCGGCGCAUAUUCUCAUUCACAAGGCAUAGAAUCCAUUCGUAACGAUGUCGCCGAAUUCAUAAAAGAACGUGAUGGUUAUUCUACAGAUCCCGCCUUGAUCUUUCUAACGCAAGGUGCCUCACAAGGCGUUCAGAACGUCCUCCAAAUCAUAAUCUCUCAUUCCAACGUUGGGGUCAUGAUUCCCAUACCACAGUACCCUCUUUAUACCGCUACUCUCGCUCUCUACGAUGGGAAACCGGUACCUUACUACCUCAACGAAGAACAGGACUGGGGACUAGACAUUGCAGAGCUCACAUCCUCCCUCGCUAAAGCAAGAUCAGAAGGAGUCGAAGUUCGCGCACUCGUUAUCAUUAAUCCUGGUAAUCCAACAGGACAAUGCCUCAGCGAGCAUAACAUGAAAGAGAUUAUAGAGUUCUGCUAUCGGGAAGGACUUAUCUUGUUGGCUGACGAAGUGUAUCAGGCAAACAUAUACUAUCCGGCUCAAAGACCUUUCCAUUCAUUCAAGAAGGUUCUCAAGUCCAUGGGACCGGAAUAUGAUGAAUUCGAAUUAUUUUCAUUCCACUCGAUAUCGAAAGGUCUGAUUGGAGAGUGCGGAAGAAGGGGAGGCUACUUUGAAUGUACGGGAAUAGAUCCAAAGGUGGUAGAUGAAUUAUACAAGAUUGCAAGUGUGAAUCUAUGCCCUAACGUACACGGUCAAGUGAUGGUUGAUUUGAUGGUCAAGCCGCCAAAGAGUGGAGAUCCGAGCUAUGAUUUGUAUCAGAACGAGUGUAGAGAAAUUUACGAGAGUCUGAGGAGGAGAAGCGCAAAGUUGUGUAAAGUGUUUAAUUCUAUGGAGGGAGUUACUUGUAAUUCGGCUCAGGGAGCCAUGUAUCUUUUCCCACAAAUCACGUUGCCCCAAAAGGCAAUUGAAGCCGCCGAGUUAUCCAGCCAUCAACCAGACGAGUUUUACUGUUUAGCGAUGCUUGAUGCCACGGGUGUCUGUGUUGUGCCUGGAUCAGGAUUUGGACAGAAAGAUAAUACCUGGCAUUUUCGAAGUACUUUCCUUCCACAAGAAGAACUGUUUGAAGGAUUUUGUGGUCUAUUAACGAAGUUCCAUAAUGAGUUCAUGGACAAAUAUCGCGACUAA